AUGGCGAAUGGAGGUUUCCCUUUUCAAAUGCCAAUGCUCACAAAGAACAACUAUGACAAUUGGAGUAUCAAGACGAAGGCGCUACUAGGAGCUCAAGAUGUGUGGGAUAUCAUUGAGAAAGGCUUCAAUGAGAAAGAUGAAGCCUCGCUAAACCAAGGUGUAAAGGAGACAUUGAGGGAGUCAAGAAAGAGAGACAAGAAAGCUCUCUUCCUCAUUUAUCAAUCGGUGGAUGAAGAUACAUUUGAGAAGAUAUCCAAUGCAACAACAACCAAAGAAGCAUGGGACAAACUUCAAACUUGCAACAAAGGAGUGGAACAGGUGAAAAAGAUUCGUCUUCAAACUCUUAGAGAUUUUGAUGAGGUAAAAGUCAUGGAGAAAAUACUUCGCACUUUAAAUCCAAGUUUUGACUUCAUUGUUACCAACAUUGAAGAAAACAAGGAUUUAAAGACCAUGACUAUUGAGCAACUCAUGGGUUCCUUACAAGCAUAUGAAGAAAAACAAAAGAGAAAAAUUAAACAAAAGGAGGCUAUGGAGCAACUACUACAACUCAACAUAAAGGAAGCAAAUUAUGCGAAUUACAAGAGCCAAAGAGGACGAGGUCGUGGCCAAGAUCGUGGGUGUGGACGAGGACAUGAAGGAGAAGGAAGAGGCAGUUACAAUAACUAA